AUGAAGCGAUCGCUCCCGUCUGCGUCUGGCUUCUUGCUUCCCGAAGAAAUUCUCGAACAUAUUAUUUCUCUGGCACUCUCUUCUGACUGUCCUGCCGAUCCACACGCGCCCAAAGCUUCUGCUCUUUCAUUAUUACUGGUCUGCAGGACAUUCGAUCGUAUUACGAGACCUCUGCUGUAUAGCUCUUUACACCUUCGUACACGUAGGCAGUCCGACAGGCUUGCAGAAAUCUUGACUGCGCAGCCUGCACUUUGUGCAUAUAUUCGCUCUAUACGCGUCGAUGGACCCUCUUCCAGUCGGGCGCUACUUGUUGCCGCCCAUAUCCUCUCUAACUCCUAUGACUGCUCCAACCGUGUUCUCGAUGUACUGGAUGUCAGACUAGUCGACGAACGCGGCCAUCUCUCUCAUCGAGCUCUCACUGCAUGUCAGGCGAAACAGGACCUCGAGCAGCUCAAUUCCGCGCUCCGCGAUGUACCGGACACAAGGCGUUUAAUUAUUCGUCAGGAUGGAUAUCUCAGUUGCAACACAACUGUUUCAUUCAUUCACGCGCUCACCUCGGGCAUCCGACAUUGGCAUAGCUUGGAAACCGUCGAUUUGCGAAUGAGGCCGCCGACUCCUAUGCCAUCACUAGGCCAACCUCGGCCUGAUCCGUUCGCAAAAGCACUGUCUGAAGCUCCUAACUUGAGAGUGUUGAGAGCAAAGCAACCCACAUUACUCAAUUCAUUUUUAUUGGACGUCGCGAACAAUCCUUCGUUGCAACGAAUCGAACUCGUCAAUUUCAGCUCCGACCUGUCAGAUUUGGAUUCGCAUCCAUUUUUCUCCCGUCAAUUGCCCUUCAUUCAUACCGAGCGACAUCACCAUCGUCUCGCUAUUUCUCCGGCACUGCAUGCACCAUUGCCGAGAUAUCCUCAACAUGCCGCACGGGUGUGUAUGCUUACAUUCGGGGAUUUCGGCGUCGAUCCGGAAAUCCUUGACGCUGCCACAACAAAACUCGAAAUGCAAAUUGCGGGUGAGCCGCAAACACUGUUCGCAAGCCAGAUCAGUGCACACCCGCGCUUGUGCUCACUUGUUCGUGCGGGACGUCUGCAACUUAUUAUUGACCGAAUGUUAAUGGAGCGAAGUGAGCGUCGUUUGCGCGGAGAUAGUUGCGAGGAAACGAGGCAUGAUACUGCAAAUGCAUUAGGAAGGCAUUUGUGUAUUUGUUCUGGUAUCGAUAUGGGUCUACCUGGGCCGACUUGCAAUGGUUGUCCUGCACUUCGAGCGGGUCUCUGA